AAGCGAGCUGUGGGACCUCAAAAAUGGCAGGAACAUCCAGCAAUAUGGCAGCUUUGCAUGACUCAUUUAAAAAAUUUGCUAUGCAUGGGGAUACUGCCUCAAGUGGCAAUGAAAUGAAUGGGAAAAACUGGUCCAAAAUCUGCAAAGAUUGCAAAGUCAUCGACGGCAAAACAGUAACUUCAACAGAUGUGGACAUUCUCUUUUCAAAAGUGAAAUCCAAGUCAGCUCGAGUAAUCACCUUCGAAGAGUUUAAAAUGGCCCUGGCAGAACUUGCUCCAAAGAGAUUUAAAGGCAAAAGUCAAGAGGAGGCACUGGCAUCCAUUUAUGCUCUGAUUGCUGGAAAAGAUCCAGCUAAUGCUGGAGUGACGGUUGCAUAUAAAGCAGGAGGUGUUGAUAGACUAACAGACACCUCCAAGUACACUGGAACCCAUAAAGAACGUUUCGAUGAAAGUGGCAAAGGCAAAGGGCUAAGUGGCAGGGAAAACAUAGUUGAAAACACAGGAUACGUCGGGAAUUACAAAGGAGCUGGAACCUACGAUGAAAAAGUGAGAAAAUAAGACCGCACAAUGCUGCCUGAGACAUUUCCAUUAAAGGACUCAAUGAUCCUUUGUUAAUUUGCUCCAGGUCAUCCAGCAUUUUCAAUAAAACAGUUAAAUUACACAUGUAUUUUAACUUUUAACAAUAUACUUUCUGGGUAAGAAGUGCAACUCAUGGCCUAAAGUUGUAACUGUGAGAAGCAAUUGCAUGAAUUGCUGAGUGAUGCAAAACUUCCUCGCACACUGUAUUUUUCAAAUGAUAUGUAGCGGAAAAAACUGAACUUACAAGGAGAAUUUUUUGUAAUUUAUCAUCCUUACAAACUGAUAGCCAGAAUGCAAGACUAACUUUAACAGCAGUUUUUUUUUAAAGAUGUUUGUCAGUAUGGAGUAUGGAGCAUCUCCCUGUCUACAAACUCAAAGUCUUUCCAGGUCUAUUGUAACACAACUCCCUCUUAUCUGCCCUGUAGUUUGUUUGAAAUCUUGUUGUGAAAUAUGUUGAUAAUACAUUCAAAAUACUGUAUCUGUGCACAAUUCUUGCCAGCAGUGGAGAAUUGUUUGAGAUAAUUCACAGCAGUGCAUGAAGAGAAACCUUCCUGUUAUGACUGGAACAAGGUCAGCCUGGUGGAGCUUAUAAGAUAUGAGUUUGCCGAUUAGGGCUGUUAACCUGGUCUAAUCAGGGAGCCCUGGCUGACAGAUAUAUUCAGGAAUGUCAGAGGUUCUGGCCACUUUGACAGCCAGCUCUGAAGAAGCCAGACAAGUACU